UUGAACGUCACAAAACAACAGACCAAAAGACUUUACCAUCUGUAAGCCUUUUCCAUCAAAGCUUGCAAUAUAAUUAAACACUGGUUAAGUCUGGUCCGAUCUGGAUAUCUGAGAGUCGGUCUAGGCUUAGUAUUUUGUGUUACCUGAAUCUACCGUAUUAAAAAUAGUAAAUACAGCCGAAUAGUCGAAUAGAGAGUCGUAAAACUCUACCGCAGACUAGAUCUAGAUCUCGAUCUACGCCUGAACUUAGAUCUACAUCUAAACCUUGAUCGACAUUGAUUUAAGUCAGUGUAAUUCUGUGACAGCUCAGUACGCAUUAUUUCGCUCAGAAUCUGACACAUUUGUCUCAGCCACUACCCGAUGGUCAUGGAGUCUGCUAUAGUAAGUCCACCCCUGCCUUCUGAUCUUGAUAUGGCCGCUGAAAUAGUGGAAGCAAAAAACAAACGAAAUGCAAAUUCAGUGAACAAUUUAGUACAUUAAGAAGAAAACUACCAGAAGAAAUUUGUCGGAAGUAACCUGUGUUAGAAGGAGCCUGUCAGAAGCAAACUGUUGGAAGGAGCUUGUCAGAAGCAACCUACGAUAGAAGGAGCCUGUUAGAACAAGCAGGUCGCCUCCCCCCAGAUGCCAAGAGAAACAAAGUCUGAAAACCUACAAAAACCUCCCGCUGGAAAAUCUAGUGUCGGUAAAAAACUGUGCAUUAUUCUUGUCAUUAUCGCCCUUGUUGCGGUGGAGAACGCUGUCCUGCUUCUGGUUUUCAAACUACCAAAGAGCGAAGAAGGUACCACAAGUGCUACAACUGCAGCGACUACUAAAGAACAGACCAAGAGCACGACUCCUAUGGAUGAUAAAAAGUACAUGCUGUCUUCCACUCCAAACAGUACUAAAGCUCAUGGCCAAGGUGAAGAUGAAAUGGGGACAACAGGAACGCCCAGGCCUUUUAUGUAUGAGACAAGUAUGGGUCAAGAGGAAACACACAUGCCUUCGGUAGCGGAGAUCACUUUCAAGCAACCAGAUACGGCCAAGCCUUUUUCUGAGGAGAUGACUGCCAUGCAAGGAAAUGCGUACAAUCCUUCUGUUGAGAAUACGACUGCCCAGGCACAUGAAAUGACUGAAGCUGGAAAUACCACCAAGUCCUCCGUAAUGCAAGAAACAACUGAAUGAAUUACGGCGCCAUUGGUUUUCUGAUGGAACAUGAGAUGGUGCAUGGUUUUCAUAAUGAUGAGUAAUUGGGCCACUGCGGAACUUGGAGAGGUUUGCAAAUGUCUUUUUGUGUCCAGUUGGCUCCUGCAUGAACCCGGAAAAGAAAUGUCAUAUAUGGAAACAACCAAUGUCAGCAUGAUGUCAUUGAAACUCAUUAAAUGAUCGCGAUGUCAAUAACGUGUAAAAUAAACAAAUUAAAAAAACAAAACAUUUACUCUUA